AACCCUCUGCCCGCGGCCAGGGCCGAGAUUGGGCCUGAGCCGACCAACAUGGCUAUGAUCCUGGGCUACUGGGAUAUCCGCGGGUUGGCCAAUGCCAUCCGCCUGCUGUUGGAGUACACGGACUCGGCUUAUGAGGAGAAGCGGUACAGCUGUGGAGAAGCUCCUGACUAUGAUCGAAGCCAGUGGCUGGAUGAGAAGUUUAAGCUGGGCCUGGACUUCCCCAAUUUGCCCUACCUCAUUGACGGAAACACCAAGCUGACCCAGAGCAAUGCCAUCCUGCGUUACAUCGCCCGCAAGCACAACUUGUGUGGGGAGACCGAGGAGGAGCGUGUGCGGGUGGACAUGUUGGAGAGCCAGGCCAUGGACUUCCGCAUGCAGCUGGUCAGAGUCUGCUACGACCCCGACUAUGAGAAACUGCGGCUGGGAUAUCUGGAGCAGCUCCCAGCUCAGCUGAAGCUGUUUUCCCAGUUCCUGGGGAAGAGGAAGUGGUUUGCAGGGAACAAGCUGACCUUUGUGGACUUCCUCCUGUACGACGUGCUGGAACAGAACCGCAUGUUUGAGCCCAAGUGCCUGGAUGAAUUCUCCAACUUGACUGAAUUCCUGGCCCGCUUUGAGGCCCUGGAGAAGAUUGCUGCCUACAUACGCACUGAUCGCUUCAUCAAGCUCCCCAUCAACAACAAGAUGGCGAAAUGGGGCAGCAAGAAGGUCUAGCCACUCUGACCCUCCUCCACCCCCAAAUUCUGGAGUGGUCCCCUCAGUUUCUGCUAUUGCUGGCCUGAAAUCUGUGUGGCAAAUAAAGCAUUUAUCUAGGCUUGGCA